CUUGAUGGUGGUGCUGCUGAGGGAUGCAGUGGGUGGAUGGAGCCGGAGGUGGAGGUGAAAGACUGGAAGUCGGAUAACUGAAUGUCUCGGAAGGAUGCGGAUUACUGUAACUCUCCGGCUUGCUUGUCAACCAACAGUGGUUUCGAUCGUUUGACAUGAGAAUGUGCGGCACAAACGACCUAGGCCUGCGGUUUGUAGAUGCAAGGAGCCUCACAAUAUCCGUGACACCGAGCGUUUGCCCUGCUUGACAAAUAGUGAAUUGAUUUGCAGCUAUUUUGUAUUGUCAUCUUACGUUCGAGGUGUAAAAUUGUAUUAUUUUCCCACAACUAAACGGGAAGAAAACCAGAGGAGAUAAAGUCACCCUGUGAUUUGUAGUGCAACUGCCAUCAUGGUUUUAGCCGUCGUUUUAGCCUCAUCGCCAGCUGAUCUCUGAUGUGCCCCUGCAGACUGGACGUCCAACUGAGCGGAGCGUCAGAACCAAAACAUACCAAAAACACACAUCGUUAACAGAGUUUUAGCAUGGAGGGGUCGACGUUACAGCCUCGGUGUUUGAAAGGUCUGUUUAUGUGGACGACUUUGUGUCUGCUCAGCCACGGUCAAUCCGCGCCGGAAGCCUCGGGCCUGCCUUUCGCCAUCCGCGUACCACUGCGACAAGGCGCUCUCGCUGAGAAGCCAUCGCCGCUGCCACCUGCCGCUGCUUACCGCGAGCGCGACAACGCGGGGAAGCGUAGUGCGCGCAAGCGGAGAGGAGCGGCAGCGAGCGGCAUCAGCUUUGUGGACAUGAUUGAUAACCUGCGUGGGAAGUCCGGCCAAGGAUACUACGUUGAGAUGGCUGUUGGCUCUCCUCCGCAAAAGUUGAACAUCCUGGUGGACACAGGAAGCAGUAACUUUGCUGUCGGGGCCGCUGCUCAUCCCUUCCUGCGCAGAUACUACCAUCGUUCACUCUCUGGCUCCUACCGUGAUCAAGGCAGGAGUGUGUAUGUUCCCUACACCCAGGGUCGCUGGGAGGGGGAGCUGGGAACGGACCUGGUCUCCGUCCCACACGGGCCCAACGCCACGCUGCGCGCCAACAUUGCUGCGAUCACCCAGUCAGAUCGCUUCUUCAUCAACGGAUCCAACUGGGAGGGAAUCCUGGGACUGGCCUACGCCGAUAUAGCCCGGCCUGACGAGACAUUGGAGCCUUUCUUCGACUCUCUGGUUCGGCAGACUCCUGUUCGCAACCUCUUCUCUCUGCAGUUGUGUGGAGCAGGCUUCACCCAAAACUACUCCCUGGGUAACGCUACUGUUGGUGGCAGCAUGAUCAUUGGCGGAGUGGACCCGUCCCUCUACGUGGGAGAGCUUUGGUACACUCCCAUCCGCAGGGAGUGGUACUAUGAGGUCAUCAUCGUACGCAUUGAGGUGAACGGACUGGACCUGAACAUGGACUGUAAAGAGUACAACUAUGAUAAGAGCAUCGUGGACAGCGGCACCACUAACCUUCGUCUGCCUAGGAAAGUCUUCCAGGCUGCAGUCAAGGCUAUUGAAGCGGCCUCUUCGACCGAGCAGUUUCCCUCCGAGUUCUGGCUGGGGGAGCAGCUGGUAUGUUGGCAUGCUGGUACUACACCCUGGCACAUAUUCCCAGUCAUCUCCCUCUACCUGAUGAGUGAAAACCACAACCAGUCCUUCAGAAUCUCCAUCCUGCCGCAGCAAUACCUGAGGCCAGUAGAGGACGUGGCUUCCGCCCAGCAGGACGUGACUUCCGCCCAGGAGGACGUGGCUUCCGCCCAGGAGGACUGUUACAAGUUUGCCGUGUCCCAGUCCAGCACUGGUACAGUGAUGGGGGCUGUCAUCAUGGAAGGAUUCUAUGUGGUGUUUGACCGAGAAAAGAAACGCAUCGGCUUUGCAGUCAGCACCUGCCAUGUGCAUGAUGAGUUUCGCACAGCCUCUGUGGAAGGCCCGUUCCACGGCUUCGACCUCGAGGACUGCGGCUACAACAUCCCUCAGACCGACGAGUCCACUCUCAUGACCAUCGCCUACAUCAUGGCAGGAAUCUGCGCUCUCUUCAUGCUGCCUCUGUGUCUCAUGGUGUGUCAGUGGCGCUUCGCCCGCUGCAUCCACCCACACGGGGACUUCGCUGACGACAUAUCGCUCCUGAAGUAAAGGCCGAGAUGAAAGGCGACAAAAGGAGUCGUGCAGACCUGCACUUGAAACGCAGGCAAGGGUGGAUUGUGGGAGAAAUAGAUGAGCGUUGUUCCAAAAUGCGGGUGCUGUUGAAAGAACUUUGAAGAGGUUUUUCAGGAAUGUAAUAUGUAAAGUGUAGAAAAUGCUGACAUAGUGAUUGCACAGUGAACAGAUCAAUUGAGGAUAACUAGAGCCAUUAUUAACUGGGGGAGAAAGUUGGUCUCGUCAGCAUCUACUUUGACUGUUUAAGCUACCUAUGCAGAAACAGCGUUGGGUAAAGACGAAACAAAAAAACACUUGGUAAAAAUCUUUAUUAUAGUGUUUAAAAAGUUACAGAAGAUGGAUUGAAUUUGUCAUUUUGAAGAGAUCUGUCUCUUAACAUUGCAGAGUUCAAAAAACAGUGGAUUUAGGUAAAAUAGAGAGAAAACUGAUAAUUUAACAGUCAUUGCUUAUUGAAGAAACACAUCCUGGAUAUGAAUACAAGAUGGGAAACCAUAGUGUCAUCAGACGUGUUUUGUUAUGGUAUGAUUUAUGAGUGUAUGGUUACGUGUGUGUGCGUGCGUGUGUGUAUAGAUCCUCUAUUUGUGGCUUAUGAGUGAUUGAAAGUUGAUGUGUGUGAGCAUGCCUGUAUGUGUGCACGGCUGCGCUGAAGAGUAUACAGAAAGAUUUAAUUAAGACAAAGAUGUUACUGAAAAUGAAAAUACUACUGCAUAUGAAUAGUAUCUAUAAAAUCACACUAUGUUGCUAUUGCCUGCAAAUAAUUUUUCACUGCAAAUUAAGUAAACAUAAAGAGGUUCAGUUGAUGAAAUAUCAGACUGUAACAGCAUUUAUUUCAUAAGAUCAUUUUGGCUUGGUGUGAAACUGAGACUACUGACAAAAUCAGAUGUCACUUUUUCCUUCAUAUAUUGAUAGUUUAAAUGUAUCUAUUGUAAAUAAAACGGACUGCAUUACAGAUCUGUAAUUCAUGCAUACACACAGACACACACACACACAGUAUACAUAUUGCUAAUAUUGCUGCUGCACCAUCUGAUGAUUUGCACAUGUAACAGCACAUUACAUGUUAACAGAGUGAGACUUUGAUAGGGCUUCUUUCACAGACACAGAAACAGCCUAACACAUCACAUCUUUCCAUGGGGACCAUAUAUGCUUGGAAAGGAAACCAGCCAAAAGUAUGUUAAACACUUUAAACACUAAGUAUAUGUGUACAAGGGACAGUGUGUAUUGUCUCUUGGCAAGCUGUAAAUAGAUAAACUGUAUAUUUAUCUGUCAGGCGCUGGCAGCACUGUGGAUUCAAUUAAGUCCUUAUUGUAACUGUAACAUGAAGUGUGUGAUUUUCAUUUCCUCCCUUGAUACAUCAAACCUGAAUACUAUCUGACUGUCAUCCAGUGUAGUGAAUGUUACCAUUUAAUUGUUUGAAGUACAUUUCAAUUGUAUAACCAUAAUGGAAGUAGUCAACCUAUUUUACGUAUAUGAAUAUUGAGGACAUGUCAGCAAACGAUCAUUUAUUUUCAAUAGAUUUCAUGUCAUGUUACCCAUUGACUCCUAAUCAAUACAAUAUAUUAUAACUGGACUGUAUAAAUAGGGCACACCUUAUUAUGGGAUUUUAAUCCCCCUUAUUUUCAACAUUAAUAAAGUUAAAAAGUUUUCCAUUCAAAAGUUGAGAUUUUUCUCAAUACCUUCCAUGUUGUGCCAUUCAAUACCUAAUAAUACAGUAGACAAAUAAAAUACACUUACUUUUAUUGGAUAUUCACCUUCUAUUGUACAUAAAUAUUUGUAUACAAUUCAA